CUUUUUUUUUUAUCCUUUCAUCUUCCUUUCCUAAGCAUCGUUACCUAACUUUGAUCUAUCCGACGUACAUUAUACCUAUUCCUCUUCUUCAUUCCUCCCCCUCUUCUGAUUUAUCUCCUGACCUCUUCCGUCCUCUAUCAAUAAUUUUCUCACGAUCAAACCAGCCAUAUUUGAUACCCAUUCCUCCUGGCUCACAUUUCCUGCACUAUCUUCCUAAUCCUUCAAAUAAAUCGAUAAAACCCAAUGAGCGUCUUUGAUCAGAACAAUGUGCCUCGCGUUGAUGUUGCAGAGGACGCAUCUCCAUCACCACCGCCUUCAUCCCAGCCACAGCGCGGCCGGAGUCUAUUCCUGAACACUCCAACGAAUGCAAACAACAUUACUCUGCCACCCAUUCAAUCUAAUCCUGGCUCCAGAGCUAACUCCCGCACAAGGCAACACACAUCCUCUAGACCCGGCUCACGUCCUGGCUCACGUCCUGGCUCACGCCCUGGUUCACGCCCUGGUUCACGCCCAGUAUCAUGGUUGGCUCGAACCAACUCUGAAUAUGCCAACAUGUUUGAAAACUAUGGUGGUCAAGGAUCCCAUAGUGCCGCUCCCUCUGAUAUUGAGGAAGACAGUGUCUCGCUGGCCGAGAAGGGUGCCUCUCAUUCCAGUCCCUCUGAUGCUUCAACAAUCCGCCCAAAAGCUUCUAGAGGUCCAUCGUACAUUGCUACUCCUCCGAACGAGAAGUCAGCUAUUCAUAAAGACGCCCCUAGUAUGACGAUGGAGCAGCAACCAUCCCAUCCAGGUUCCUUGAUCCACGAGGAUAUGAUGACGGAUAGUUUAAGGUCGACUGAGGAGACUCCACAGCGCGGCACUGUCACCCCAUGGAAAGCCAGUCUCCUACUCGGAAAAGCUUUUGUUGGUACUGGUGUUUUGUUCUUACCAAAAGCUUUCAUGAAUGGAGGAAUUCUUUUCUCAUGCUUAUUAUUAGCCAUUGUCGCUAUCGUUUGCUGCGUCUCCUUCUUGAUGCUGGUUAAGGUCCGUCUAGUGGUGCGUGAGACGUUCCAGGACAUUGGUCUUAUUUUAUUUGGCAAAUAUGUGCGUCUGGCUGUCCUUGUCUCGGUGGCCUUAUCCCAGGUUGGAUUCUGCUGUGCCUAUUUGAUCUUUGUCUCUCAGAAUAUCAAUGCUGUGGUCGAAACGUUCACACGGUGCCAGUUCCAUGCAAUCAAGGAGAAAUACUACAUCUUGAUGACCCUCAUUAUCCUGAUUCCCUUAGUCCUCAUCCGUCGAAUGUCCAUCCUCUCCCUCCCCAGUAUGCUGGCCAACCUAUUUAUUGUCUUUGGUAUUGUUUACUUAUGGUACUUCAGUAUCAAUAACUUGGCUGUCAAUGGUGCUGGGCCCAACAUUACUCUCUUCAACCGCGAUGACUUUGCGCUCUUUAUCGGAACUGCAGUCUUUUCUUUCGAGGGAAUUGGCCUUGUUAUCCCCAUUACAGAAUCUAUGGCGGAGCCUGAAAAGUUCCCUCGCGUGCUUGCAUUGACCAUCACAGUUGUUGCAGUAAUCUUCAUGAGCGUGGGUGCACUCUGCUAUGCCAGUUUUGGUAGCAAUGUACAGACAAUUGUGUUGUUGAACCUUCCUAUUCAAUCUGGUUGGACCAUCACAGUCGAGUUCUUGUAUUCACUUGCAAUGAUUCUUUCAAUUCCCUUGAUGUUGUCCCCUGCCUCCAAGAUCCUUGAACACGGUAUCUUUGGUACCAAAUCGGGUGGAUUGGACAUUAAGGUCAAGAUUCAAAAGAAUGCACUUCGUGUCAUCUUGAUCUGCGUUUGUGCCCUUGUCAGCUUUGUGGUCGGAGGUCCCAACUUGGAUAAAUUUGUAUCAUUUGUAGGAUCGGUUGCUUGUAUGCCAUUGUGCUUCAUCUUCCCUGCCAUGUUUCAUUACAAGGCCUGUGCCAAGACGUUGAAGGCCAAGGUGCUGGAUAUCAUCUUGGGCGUCGUAGGUGUGGUAGCUAUGGUCUUUACACUCUAUAUCACGAUCCGCAGCUGGGUUGUCGCCGCAGCUCCUGAUGCUGACUUGGAUCGUUGCUCUGUUUUUCAGUAAAUAGUCAAUCCUUCACCCAUCCUGUUCAUAUACUAUAUAUCACAAAAAAAACCCCCCUCCUCUUUUUCUUUUACUUUGUACAUUAGGCCUCCAAUAAACCCAAUAGAAUAGGAAAAAAAUAAUAAAAAAUACAUGAAUAAUAAUACAG